AUGAUGCGGAUGAUAUUGGUUAUGUUGUUAGCUUCGGAAUUGUCGCCUCACCUUUCGUGGGGCUGGGUGUACCCGCACAAUAUUACCCGGAGAACUCCAAAAUAUAAGCGUUGGUGGAAGGGACCAGGCUCGAACACGGGUAACAAUUUCGGUGGCUGGCUGUACCGCGUGUCCCAUGAGAGGCUAUCGACGAUUUGCGGAGCAUCCUACUACGCUCCACUGCUGCUGAUUGUCUCGGCAAACUGCAUAUAUCCGUAUCGCAUGGAGCUGUAUGGGGCGAGUGUGGAGCCCACGUUCACCCACGAAAAUAUCUUUGGACUAAUAGAUAACGUUUUCAUACCCAAUCAAUUCAAACCUUACAAGCUGUACAUGGACGUGGCGGUUGUCAAGCUGGAAACUCCCAUCAGGGGCGAAAACGCAGAGUUCAUAAAGCUUUGUAGCACUCCCAUUAAAGCCGGCAUGAAAAUGACUGCCUACGCCUGGGGCUUUGACUCCAUGCACAUACAAUCGCAGACCUCGGACACGAAGAGUGCAAUCGUGCCCGUCGAGGACAUCAACACUUGCCGCAAAAAGUACGCGCGCACUGAUGUCAAGGUUUCGAGCACCUCCUUCUGUGUGACGCAUCCGAGGGAUUCCAAGAAGUGCCUCUACGAUGCAGGUGCUCCACUCACCUACAAAACCGAACUCUGCGGCAUAGUCUCCUAUGGACCCAUGUGCAGUAACACCAAGCAGCCGGGAACUUACACAAGCAUCAACAAAAUUGCCAAGUUCAUCGAAGAAAUCGAGGAGGACGUUAAGACGGUACAAAAGCCGAACACUGAACCCGGUCGACGACGUCGAUCAUCGGACUUCCUGAUCGUAGGGCUCGCCCUACUGGCACUGGCCACUCGGUUCUUCCUCUUCCGGCUAAUGGCAAAUGCCCAAUGGAUCACAAUUGGCAAUCUGGCCACGAAGUAUCCGCCGAAAGUGCGCACCCACUGGAGCAAUUGUAAUGCCCAUCAUAAGACGGAGGCGUUCGCACGCCCAGAUCCAGCGACUUAG